UUUGAAUUUAAUUUCUAAUACCAUUAUCAAUAUUAUAAUUUAUUUCUACACAAGAAAAGAAAAAUAAUAUACAAUAAUAAAAUAUAAUAUAAUAUAAUAUAAUAUACAAUACAAUACAAUACGAUACGAUACGAUACAAUAAUAAAAUAAAAUAAUAAACAAUAAUAGACAAUAAAUAUGUUGUUUGCAAAAUCAUUGUUUCUAUCAAGUUUACUUUCGUUAACUUCUCUAGCUACUUGCCAAAGUAAUUCAACUACAGAUUCAACCUGUGUUCCAUUAUAUUAUCAAUGUGGUGGUAUUAACUGGACCGGUUCAACUUGUUGUUCUUCAGGUUCUUGUAUUGAACAAAACGAAUACUACUGGCAAUGUGUUGACGUAUCUGAUGAAUCUGAGGCUUCAGCUGAAAUCAAUUAUGCAACUUACAACUACAAUGCUUCAUUAAUACUCGAACCAACCAUUUCUACCAACUAUUCUGACAUCUCAGCAACCGGCUACUCAAUUUUCACAAAUAACACAGUUUUGGCUUACUCCAAUAUCUCAAAUACUUCAUAUGUCGUUAACUAUGAUAAUGAUGAUGACGAUUCUUCUGAGGAAGUCACUGUCUACACCAAAGUUUAUGUCACCAUCACAACUGAUCUUUCUACUGAAACCAACGAUGGCCUAAUUACUGUCAGCACCAUCACCAUCACUGAUUUUGUUACCGUUGAUGAUCCCGUUUCAUCUGACCUUUCAACUACAUUAAAAACACAAUACAUUAAUGGAACUUACACCUAUUAAAUGAAUUAACAGGAAACAACUAAAGUUGCUUUGUUUUCCUAUUGUUUUUGGACACCGGAGGUUUUCUAAAUUUUAUUUUUUUUCUUUGAAUUUUAUUUGUUU